CUCAAAGUGGUGAGCAAACAUUUGCACUGAUAGUGAUUCAACGGUUGCUUUUAAAAGGAAAUCAGAAAUGGAUGCUAAAGUGCUUUUGAUUUUCGUUUUUUUGGGAUUUGGUCUCGUGCCCUCACACUCUCAGGCCCCACUUGUCAAUCGUGAGUACCACUUUGUCCACCUCUUAAUGAACUGGACCAGCGCUCAGCACUACUGCAGGGAGAAAUACAACGACCUGGCGACCUUUGAAAGCAUGGAUGACAUUCAUAGGGUAAACAGACCUAGUCAGUACCAAUUUGCAUUUAUUGGACUAACUGAUGAUCCACAAUCUUGGAAGGGAAUCAUGGGUAAUGAUGCAAAUUCCUGGAGAUGGUCCUCUACAGGUGAAACUAGCAAAUCUGGCUACCACAACUGGCGAACAGGUCAGCCAAAUCAUUAUGGCACCCCUGAGACCUGUGUGUACGGGAACGCUGAAGGAAGAUGGAUUGAUGAAGCCUGUCACCUGAAAUUGUAUUUUGUCUGUUACGACGAUACACUUCCUCCUGGCCAGAAAACAUAUACUUUAUACAACAACCAAACUCGCACAUGGAAGGAUGCCCAGACUUACUGCAGAGCUCACCACACAGACCUGGCUGUGAUCGAGAAUGCUCUUGAAAACACAGAUAUGUUAUCUAUUAAGUCAACACAAGCUGCGUGGAUUGGAUUGUACAGAGUGAUUUGGAGGUGGUCGGACAACAGCAACAGCUCCUUUAGAAACUGGGCAUAUCUUCAACCAAAUAAUUAUUUAGGUAACCAGUACUGUGGAGCUGAAGACAAAUACCAAAAGUGGCACGAUGUGCCCUGUCACAUGGAGUGUCCCUUCUGGUGCCAAGUUGUAAAGGUGGAGAUCAUGGUGUUGAGGGUGAAGAUUCAUACUAAUGCUGACCUUUCAGAUCCAGCUACUAAUCCCCAAAUCCUACAGCAGCUCCGUACAGUUCUGAGGAACAAGAUUUUCCUGACUAACUUUAAGUUGCGAUGGAAGAUUCAACCGGCGAAUGCAGGGGCAGAUACGGAUGCAGUCAAUGGAUGAUUUGCCCUUUUUGAAUGGAUUGAUGGGUUGGUGUUUAUCUAGGAGUUGCAAAUGUUUGAAUACCUGUAACCAUAAUGAUGUAUGUAGAUGACUUUGUUAACCAAAUAUAGUAGAUCAAAUACUCAAAUUAAAACAUUUUUGAAAAGUUCAAUCUCACUAAUCCCUCUGCAUACAAAACUCAAUAUAUGGCUAAAUGUUGAGCAGAGAAAACAUGGCAAUCUUGUGACGUAUUUUGUGAAUAGUCGUACAGCAUAGACAUAAACACUGUUGAAAAGCAAUGUUUUGUUGAUCCCUCUGGUUGAAAGCCGGUUUCUGUUUCCAUUAAAUAAAGGAAAUAUUGUCAGGGGUGUUGAGUUACUCUUUAAACUCAUGGCUCAACCAAGCAGAUGUCUUGUUCUGUGGACAGUAAUGCCAUUCUUUACAUCCGGCUUGAACACUUACAUAAAGGACACUUACAUUGACCAUUUUACUGCUUAGUCUGGUGUCAGAGUUAUCUUAACGUAGCAACAAUAUCUGCUUUAAACUCUGUAUUUAUGCUUUUAUUUACUGUGCUCUUAAUGUAUUUUCUUGUACUUUUCAGGUAAUAUAUUUUACAAUAUAAAAUUACAUACAUUAGCUGUAAUUUGUGGCUUUCUGUUGUGUACUUACUUAGGUUAUUUGUGUUGUUUGUCUUGUCAGUUGCCAAACAAGGUGACCUUUUGAUGAAUUCAUAAUUUGUAUAGCCAAAUAAACAAUUAAAGGCAGAGCUGAGAUUUUCCAACUUUGUGCAAUUGAA